CACCAAAUACAACUGCCCUUAUACAGCCACUUGAUCAAGGUAUCAUCCACUCCUUUAAAAUGGAAUAUCGACAAAUACUAAUAAAAAAACAAAUUUGUGCGUUGGAGAAGGGCUUAUCUAUAGUUGAAUUCCUGAAAUCGCUCACUAUUUUGGAUGGUAUCAAUUAUGCAAAUCGCGCUUGGAACCUUGUUAAGCAGCAAACAAUUAGUAAUUGUUUCAAAAAGGCAGGCAUUGACAACAUUCAAUUCAUUACAGAUGAGAUUGCAGCCACUGAAGGCGAAAACUAUGAAUGGUGCACACUCGAUAAUGAAUACAUUCAAUGCGAUAAUGAACUUGUCUGCUUUGGAACCAUGUCGGACGAGGAUAUUGUUGCGGACGUAUUGGCCAUCAAUCAAAAUUCUACUGAAGAUGAGGAAGUGUUCGCGCAAUCUGAGGCUUGUAUUAAACACCCCUCAACGAAAAAUGCCUUGCUAAGCUUAGAUUCGCUGCGUGACUAUUUUUGUCAUAACAAUAUAGAUCCCUUAGAGGCUUUUGAAGAUAUUGAAAAUUUAAUCCUAGAGAGUUCUGAAAAACAGAAAUGCCAGAAGAAAAUAACAGAUUUUUUUAAGUAAAUCUUAAC